UUAAGAUUUGAAUGAGGCAAAAUAACAUGCUUUUUCUCUCAAAUAUAUUGUUAUAAUCAUUUGUUUCAGAUGUACUCUAAUACAGGACAACUCUCUCUCCGCGUAGGAUACCGAUCUUAAUAUGGACACGGGACAGGGAAUGAAUUGGGCAGGCCUGCAGUACAAACUAUGUUAAAACACCUGGCAGAGGACAUCAUAUCAUUUAUAGUACAGUCUAAGCAGGCGGCUGAAGGAAGGAAGGAGAGGAAAAGAAGUCAUUCUUUCCGAAGCCAAUGAGGGAGUCGUUUCUGGGAGUUGUCCACCCAUCAUAAGAGACGCCUAUUGUCCCUGCUCCUGCUGCUGCCCGAUUAUGUCGGGAGACUUCCAGUUAUUGCUGUGUGGUGAGGGGACUCAGAGUGGGAGAGGAAUGAGAAUUUUUGCAAAAUGCUGUCAUGACAACGAUGAAAGUGACAAAGAGACACUUUGAUCAACGCACAGGACAAGAUGUGAACUUUGCUUCGCCUUGGCGAUUACACGGAGUGGGCAGCGUUAGUCUUCAUAAUUGCCCCACUGACAUCAUAAUAGGGAGAAAAGCUGCUUUAAUACAAUAUACAUGGGGGCUUUCCUCUUCGUUCGUCUGUUUUGAUGACUUCUGAAAAGUGUGGCUUUGGAAUUUGACUUCCAUCCCAUUUGAAGUGUAUUGUCAAACUAAACAUCAAACGUGUAUUUUUUAGUUGAUCAAGAGUUGCGUCUGAUAGUGUAUUCGCAUUGUUGUUGUUCAUCUCAUGUAGUUUAUUUUUCUAAAAAAACAGCCAGUUGUGGGCACGUCACUCCACCAGUUAUCAUUCCAUCAUUAUUUCAGGCUGGCCCUGUCCAUCGGUCGUCGUCGUCAGGGACAGCCAAUCGGUAUCAAGACCGUACUUACUAUGUCACCCGCAUAUGCAGAGCUAAAAAAAAAGUGUUACAUGCCUUUUGGUCCCACAGUAACAUUGUGCCGGCCUGAAAUAAAGACUGAAUCAGGACUAAUGGAGUGACGUGCCCACCGUGGUAAAUCGGCGACACAAUGAAAUCUCACGGCUUGGGUGGACGGAUGCAGAAUAGAACAGAAACCAAGUAGGAAGUCGCGGCUCCUAUUAGCAACAUCCUGCAGAUGUAUGCAUGCCGUGCUCAAGGUCCAGAGAAAGGCCGAUCAAAGAGGAAUUCCUCCUGGAUGAGUGCCACGGUGUUAGUCAUGUUAUUCAUAUCUUUCUGAGUCACACCAGAAAAACCAUGAGCAAAUCCCCCCCCCCCCCUCCCCCCUCCCUUCAUGCAUUUCAUUGUCUGAGGUCUGGGUCUACUUGCCUGUCCAUAUUUAAAGUCACAAAAAUGUAUCUGGUGAAAACCUCUAGUGGUUUGUAUAUAUCCCACCGGGUCAGUGUGGGGCUUUCCACACUGCAACGAAUGGCGCUAGCCACCACUUAGUCAUACUCGCUCAAUAGCUGGCAAUUGCGCCAGAGAACCACUGAUGCAAACAAAGUUCUCAUGUCGUGGGAGAGUGGGAACUCAUGCCCUCACCCAAACACAAUCAGCAAAAAAUGAAAUGAAUAGAAUCAAUAAUGAAAUAAUUAAUAAAUAUAUGCUUGCAUAUGUUUUCAGCAAUUCCUUUUCAACCAUGCGCAAUAUAUUUAGAAAGAAAAUCUCUAACUUCACUUGACAAGGUCUUAUUUGGAGUUUAUCCUGAGUAAAACAGGCACAAUUCAAGCAAAGACAGAUCGUUUUUCAAACCAAAAUUUGUGGUGCGAGCAAGCUUCGGUUUCACCGCCGCCCGAGUGAAGUAAUAAAAGUGGAGUUAGUGGUCUCAGCUGUUGACAAGGGGAGUGUAUUUUGCAGCGAUAUCUGCGUAUAACAAAACAAAAUGUUUAUACCUGCUUGAUUAUACCCUCUAUCUAUUUUCUGUACUACUUAUUGUCUUUCCUGUCAUUAGGGUCAGCAUAGCUCGGUGGUAGUGUGGUCAUUUCUCAACCCAGAGGUCGGUGGUUUGAUCCCUGGCUAUUACGACCAUAUGGAAGUGUCCUUGAGCAAGAUACUGAACCGCAUUUGCUCCUGAUGCUGCGUCACUGAAAUGCACCUAAAUGCCAACAUCUUCCACCAAAGACCACAGUGCCAGUGAAAGUUUGGAACUGGAUAUCUCAUUAUCAUAUCAGAUCAUAAUCAUUAUCAUCAUCACCACCACCACCUCUGAAAAGAAGACAACAGUCCAACAUGAAGAUUAAGGAGAGGAAGGAAAUACCAAUGACAUUGUUAAGAUGAACAGCGGCCGUCAAGGACAACAGAGCGGAUAUUGCGCAUGCGCACACCAACUCCCCGGAAGUAACCAGAACACAUGACCAGGACAAAUAUGGCGCCCACCUCGUCGACGGAAAACGCGUUUCAGUCAUCAGUGAGUGUUUUCUCUGCUAUUCUCUAAUUCUUUAGGUCAUUUCAACUCCCGCAUGAGGUAGCUACAUGAACUAGAUGAAUUUCGGGUCACAAAUACGAAAGGAGAAAACGAAAUUCGCAAAUGCGGCGGAAGUCGUCGUUGCGUCUUUGAAAGUAAACAUCCGGUUGUUCGUUCGUAUCGGCAGCUCGUUACUUCAGAGAAAUUGGGAAACUAAAAUGAAUCUCUCUCCCCUUCUAAAGGAUGCAGCAACAAAGGAGGAAGCAACGGUCAGAAUGAGAUAUGACUGAGCAUGCAAACAAACAUGGACUUUGACGAGGUGACACAUUGAGCGCACAGUGCCAUGGGACCAGUCAACGUUGUUAUUUCCACUGUCGGAAAAUGCCUCGAUGUAGUCAGUUUAAUGCUGGACGUCAAUUACCUCCUCGUCCACACUGUUGUCCGCACAAUACUGACUGUGUCCCACGUUAUUAUCAAUCUGCCUGCACUCUUUGUCUACUGCAUCCUGGAGCUGUGCAACUUGGUGGCGCUCUUCUUGCUCUCCACUGCGGUGACAAUGUCCCACAUCGCCCAAGGCGCGGCUGCCGGCCUCAUGCUUUCUCUGGAGGGGGUUCUGGAGAGCUUGAAGAUGGUGGGCUACCUGUUAACGCACAUGCUGCUCCGCGGCAAGGAGCAGCUCUGCCGGGGGCUGCUGUCGCUGCUGGAGGCCUGCGGCAUAGCCCUUAGCCUAAUGGUCUACCUAGUCAACAUGACGGUCAACUACGCCCUCAUUGCCGCCCUCAACCUGCACUCGGCCUUGCUCAGUGUGUGGCAGACGGUGUCCAGCCCUCUGCAGAUGGCGCUGGAGCUCACGCUGACCUCCAUCACCUUCCUCUAUAGCAGCCUGAUUGGCACAUCGGCCUUCCUGUGGUCCCCCUGCAAGCUGGCAUUGGACUUCCUGGCUUCGCUGGUGCACAUCUUUGUCAGCAUCUUCAUACUCAACACAUACGGCCUGGUGCUCACCGUCGGCAUAGCGCUGACGACCACCGCCUACCUUAACCCAGAAGUCACCAGGCAGGCGUCGCAGAGACUCAUGGCUUUUGUGAACUCCUUCCCGGCACUCCGGACCCUUUCCACGGCGCUUCAUUCAACCUUGUGUUUAAUACACGGCGUAAUGCGGCACCUGCACCGGUUGUCGCUUCACCUCUACCUGCUAGAGAGAAGAAUCUGGCAGCAGCUGUCUCGUCACAGCAGCCAGUUGAGCGUGGCGCUGAGGAUGCAGCUCCACGGGCAGAACCGAGCGGGCACUGACCCAGAUGGCGAGGUGAUCAGGCGGGACCCGCCCGACGGCAGGGCGGAGGACCACCAACGGGAACAGUCGGCGUCGUCGAGCACUGUAAGACCUCUGAAGGCGGAGAAACUGUGGAGGCCGCCGGCGGAGAACCUGCUGACGUUGCUGAACGAGCAGGAGCACCGCAAGAUGUGCGUCAUCUGUCACGAUUGCGCCAAGACAGUGGUGCUGCUGCCAUGCAGGCACCUGUGCUUGUGUCGAGGCUGCACCGACAUCCUGCUCCACCAGCCUUUCUACCAACACAACUGCCCGCUGUGCCGCCGCAUUAUCUUCGACACCAUCGAGGUUUAUCUCUGAGGCGGCACAAAAACGCUACUCCCACAUUUUUACAAACCCUGGAAGGUUUUUUUUUUUUCCUUCAACCAGUACAAACUCCAGCUUCACUGUGACCCUGAAAUAGCCAUUUUAAGUAAUUGCCUUCUUGAAUAUUUUUUUCCACAUUUAAUCCCAGGAAGGAGGAAAUUAUAUCAUUGCCAAACGCAUGAGCAAUAGGCAAAUUUAACCUGAAACGGAAACAAAUUUCGCGAUCAUAGUGUUGCACUGUGGAUGUGUGGUUUGCGCAGUUUUGAGGGUUAGGGUUUGAAUCUCAUGGCCUUCCUCUAUGUUGUUUACGGCAUGUUUUCUGCCAUGCUUGUGCUCUCAGAGUACUCGCGUUUCCUCCCCAGACAAGUUAGACUGAAGACGUUGGAUUAUCCAAUGGGGUUAUUAAUGUGUUUAUGGAUGUUGUUUAAUCAAUGUUAUGGAAAAUGGUUGGAAUGUGUCCAUCUAUUUUUUUGUUUUCAUUCAGAAGAGUCAUGUCAAAUUACUCUGGUCAACAGCAAAUAUUGAUGUGGGAUGUCUUUAUGUGUCCCUAAAUUUAUUGUUGGCACUGAUUCCAUAAAAUAUGUCAGUUGUUUUUUUUUUUGUGGCACAAUCAAUAUUUUAUGUGAUAUUAUAAUUUGAGCUAUGACGUUUCAGGAAAAAAAACGUCAUCUCUUGCUUAAUUGAACUAUGAAUUCAUAUUGCUAUAUUACAGAUUAAUAUUAUGUAAACAUUAUGUGCCAGAGAAUAAAACAGGGGAAGAAUUGUAAUCGGCGCAAAAAAAAAAUGUUGACCACUGUUAUCACGAGUGAGGAUGGAAGAAUCUCAUUAACUUCAUGGGUGUUUUGUUGAAAUCGACACUUUUUUUUUCUUGGCGAGUGAGCCAGCUCUCUGCUGCGAUAACUGAAAAAAAUGUUUGCAUGCAAGUGAAUUUUGACUGUUCAGUUCAUUUGGUGGACGGGAUUGUGAAUGAGAACCUUGUUUGUGCAAAAUGUGGUGGUGGACAUAUUGAUAUGGGCGAUUUCAUGAAAUGGAAGAACUUUUUAGAAAAGAAAUACAGAAAAUCAACAUUUGCCAAAAUGACUCGGGGUAAUGAAUAUGUACAAACAUGUUUGUGGAAAGAUAUAAAAGUGCUACUUUCGUCUCAAAUAGCAACAUGUUAACAACAACAUUGCUGAGCCUGAACUUUUUUUUUUUACAAUAGUAGGUUAAUUUUCACACAUGGCCCCAGAGGAUUUUUUUUAUUUCAAGAAUGUUAAUUUAUUAUCUACCACUUUGCUAUGAAUCGAUUUGUUUUGUAUUUUUGCAGGUUAUUUCCCCUCUCAUAUUUGCCUUUAUCCACCCUCAACAAAAUCCAUAAAAUACAUUCCUUUGUAUAGCAAUGGUAAUUACCCUUCACAAUUCCAACUGUUUUUGAAGUGUUUUGUGUUGAAUGAGUUUACAAAGUUCAGAGAAUCUUUGUGGUAUUUUGUUCAUAUGUAUGAUUCCCUGCAAAGUGCCGUCUACCUUUUCAAUUGUUUUUCUAUUGUUGGAUGACUAUUUUAUUUUUUGCUUGUUUUGUGAGUGACACUCAAGAAUAUGUUAGCCACAUCCUCCUCAGGUAUUUGUCAUAAUGCCCACAUGCCGCACCAGUAUGUCAUUCCUACAAUUACAGCAAAGGUACACGUGUUGAGUGGGAAAGAAUUGAGACAAUGUGAUUUGCAGACUUGAAUGUAACUCAACUGAGAUGGAUAAGCGAGGCUUUUCAUAAUAAAACAGCAGUAAAUGA